AUUGGCUUCCUGUUAUCAUGUUCUCAUUCGCAAUAACCCGCUGCGCAGGUUCACUGCAUAUUUCCGACGCCCAGGAGGAAGAUCAGGGACGCUACGAAUGCGUGGCGGAAAACAGCGUGGGCACUGCCAUCUCGCCCUUCGCAAACCUCUUAGUGCGUGCGGUGCGGCGGGUGGCGCCAUACUUUGCGAUUCCGCCGGAGUCGACUUACGAAGUGUCUCCGGGCGCCGCGCUGAACCUGACGUGCGUGGCCGUGGGAUCGCCCAUGCCAUACAUGCGCUGGCGCAAAGGUGGCGUCGACCUGACUGCCGACGGCGAAGACGUCGUGAGCCGCAGCGUCCUGGUGCUGGAAAACGUUCGCGAGUCGGCCAAUUACACCUGCGUGGCCAGCUCCUCGCUCGGCGUCAUCGAACACGACUCGCAAGUUAUCGUCCAAGAGGACGACGACCAACCACAGAGCCCCACCUACUCCCAAGUACGUGACGCUUGGGCAGACUUUGACAACCGCACCGACCAGAAUGCCACUACUACAGUAGGUUUAGACAGCGCAGCAUUAAGUGCAGCCGUACUGGGGUUGUCGGUGCCAGCUGCAAAUGAUGGAGAUCACGUGCCUGCUGAGAGUGGAACCACACCUGCGGAAGCUGCUGUACUCACGGGAAGACUGUCUUCGCCUCAGAAAAGCGCUGCAGAAGAAGCAGAUGCUACGCAUCGCGCUGCUGCGUAGAAGAACAUGCUCUACGCAUGAGGCUUCUCCAAGAAGACCACGACGACAUAUUGAAAAAAAGAGACGAAGAGCACAAGCUCAAGAUGGAAAUCUUGAUCCGGCAGAAAGAAAUUCAAGAUAUCGUGUUGAAGAGGUUGCAGGAAGGCAAAUAAGAAAUUGUGGCUCCUUCGUGUAUUACUUCAGCGGCUCUACUUGAUGUGUGGCGUAUCACAGUUGGGACACCGGUGUGGCAUGCAUGCAAUAAACACAUUUGACAAAUUGUG